CUCAUCCAACAACCCCACGACCCCCUCCCAAAUCCUAAACCGCCCGACCUCCUCACCCAAGGAACCUCGUCAUUCCAAUGGGUAAUCACACCUGCUGCCUAUCCCUCGAACACCACCGCCCUCAGUCAAGCAUCUCCACUCCACACGGCACUAAUCAUACCCUCGUCCAUGCCACUCCAUACUUCGUCCAGAACCAGCAAGGGAGGCCGAGAUACUAGUGCACGGAUGAGGAGUACAAUACGCUGUUCGCCUGGCCAGAGGGAUUCGAACCGACGUGCCGCGAAUUCUUUUUCCAGCUCCGGCGUUCCUGGCGUGGACCAGGCUCGUGGGCCAAGGGAGAAGAGGACCUCCCAGCACCGAGCGAUUUGCCAUUUCUCCACUUCCCUCCUCCUCUCCUACCUCUCCACCCCAGUCGGUUCGCUCCCCAUCUCAACCUCAAAUCCGAGCUCAUCCUCCCACACACGUAUCUCACCCACCCUCUCACUCCCUCGAAGCGGAACAAAACCCCCCUCCAAAGCCUGUAACGACCGCCUCCCAAACCGUCGUGCCUGGACGACGACGCGAGGAAGCGUCGAAUAG